AUGGCAGCGUUGUUCAACGAGUCACUGCGAAAGGUCAACGAGCAACAACCUCCCACAAUAGUUGAAGAAGACGAAUCUCCAAAACGUGCCAAUCGGCCAGCAGAUUUGCAGGGUUUUUCAAUUCUUGAUGAGAAAUGGAGAAGUAGCAGUUCGGAUGAUUCGGAUGAUUCACUUCCAGUUGGAAGUUAUAUAAGCACUACAUCAACACCGGGAAGAUUCUGCAAGUCUGUUGACUUCCGGCCGCUCAGACGUGAUAAAGAUUUCACAGGAGAUAGCUGCAGCACUUUACCAAAUACUCCGAUCCAUAAGAAAAAUCCACCGCUCCCAACGAUGUCGGCAGGUGGAUCGAGAUUCAAGGUGGUUCCAGUUGAAACACGGGACCCCUACUUCAGUCCCAACGGAAAGCACGCCAUUCCAAAGCCGGCGGCAGUUAUCAAAAAAGAGGAAGUCGUUAACAGAAGUAGCCGAUCGCUAUCCGACAUCCAUCCGUCUUCAUCUCCAUCCGUGGUUCAACAUGUUUCUGCAAUUCCAGUCCAACAAAAGCCAGUUUCUCAUUUAAUUACUCCAAAUCCAAAGCCAGUGUAUACGGUACCAAAGGUUGCGCCAACAGCCCAAGUCAAAGCGUCGACGAUCAUCCAACCAACAGUAAACGGACAAGUUAAAGUCAGCUCGGAGACUCAUAUCAAUACUGGAGUAGCUGGAGAUAGUGAGACACGCAGAACAAAAAGACCUCCCCUAGUUAGAGCCAAAACAGUGUAG